AUGGCAAGCCGCUCCUACCGCAUCAGCUCGGGCCGCGGGGUGAGGAACUUCAGCUCCUCCUCUGCUGUGGUGCCCAAGCUGGGGGCUUACAGCUGUGUCAGUGCCAUGGCCCACCGUGGGGGUGGUCCUGGGGGGCCGGGCUACAGACGCCUUGGGGCCUUUGGCAGCAGGAGCCUGUGUGUGGUGGGCUCCCCCAGGGUGGCAGUGAGUUGCCGAUGGCCCAGUUUUGGCUACCGGGCAGGGGGUCUUUGUGGGCCCAGUCCCCCCAGUAUUACCUCUGUGUCAGUCAACGAGAGCCUGCUCACGCCCCUCAACCUGGAGAUCGACCCAAACGCGCAGUGCGUGAAGCACGAGGAGAAGGAGCAGAUCAAGCACCUCAACAACAAGUUCGCUGCCUUCAUUGACAAGGUGCGUUUCUUGGAGCAGCAGAACAAGUUGCUGGAGACCAAGUGGCAAUUCUACCAGAACCGCAAGUGCUGCCAGAGCAGUCUGGAGCUGCUGUUCGAGGGCUACAUCGAGACCCUGAGGCGGGAGGCCGAGUAUGUAGAGGCUGACAGUGGGAGGCUGGCCUCGGAGCUCAACCACGUGCAGGAGGCGCUGGAGGGCUACAAGAAGAAGUAUGAAGAGGAACUGGCCCUCAGGGCCACAGCUGAGAAUGAGUUUGUCCUGCUGAAGAAGGACAUAGACAGUGCCUAUCUGUGCAAGGCAGACCUAGAGGCCAAUGUGGAGCCGCUGAGGGAGGAGGCCAUCUUCCUGAGGACCCUCUACGAGGAGGAAAUCCUCAUCCUUCAGUCACAAAUCUCUGAAACCUCAGUGGUGGUGAAGAUGGACAACAGCCGGGAGCUCAAUAUGGACACUGUCUUGGCUGAGAUCAAGGCUCAGUAUGAUGAUAUUGCCAGCCGCAGCCGGGCUGAGGCCAAGUCCUGGUACCAAACCAAGUGCGAGGAGAUGAAGGCCACAGUAACCCAGAAGAGUGAGAACCUCUGCAAAAGCAAGGACGAGUUCAACCAGCUGAACUGCAGCAUCCAGAGGCUGACAGCAGAGGUGGAGAACGCCAAGCAGCAGUGUUGCAAACUCGAGGCUGCCAUAGCCGAGGCAGAGCAGCAGGGCGAGGCGGCCCUGAGCGACGCCCGCUGCAAGCUGGCUGAGCUGGAGGGCGCCCUGCAGAAGGCCAAGCAGGACAUGGCCUGCCUGCUCAAGGAUUACCAGGAGGUGAUGAACUCCAAGCUGGGCCUGGACAUCGAGAUCGCCACCUACAGGCGCCUGCUGGAGGGCGAGGAAAACCGGUUGUGUGAAGGCGUGGGAUCAGUCAACAUCUGUGUAAGCCGUUCCCACGGUGGCGUGGUCUGCGGGGACCUCAGUUCCACUGUCUCUCGUGGCCUAGGGGGCAUGGCCAUCGGUGGAGGUGCCUUGUGCUCCCCUUCUGUAGUGGGGGCCUGUUCAAGUGCAAGAUCUAUGCGGUUUGCAUAG